GCAACCCAUCCAUCCCACAGGCCACAGUUCAUCAUCCUCUCCACUUGCUCUCUCUCUCUCUCUCUCUCUCUUUCUCUCUCUCUCUAAAUCAUCUCCAUCCCUGUCAAUAAUUCUUUCCCCUGCAUGCGCCCUCUUGUCGCCUAGCUCUUGGGACAGAACCUUCCACCUCCCAUUAUUCCUCCCCUCUCUCUCCCUCUGCACCCACUUUCUUCUUUCUCCACCACUUCGCCCAUACCAUUCUGCGCAUCAUGGUUGCCAAACUCGAUCACGGCGCAUCCUCCGCGCAGCAGAACACCAACUCUCCCCCACUCAACUGCCCCCGCUGCGACUCCACCAACACAAAGUUCUGCUACUACAACAACUACAGCCUCGCCCAGCCUCGCCACUUCUGCAAAUCCUGCAAGCGGUACUGGACCCGCGGCGGAACCCUCCGCAACGUCCCCGUCGGCGGCGGCUCCCGCAAGAACAAGCGAUCCAAGAAAUCAUCUCAAUCUCACCGACCCUCCUCCUCCAUCGCCGACACCACCCCUUCCCUUCCACAGCCUCCACCCACUGAUCUCAAUUCCUUGCUCUAUGCUUUUCCCCCGAUCAUCAAUUCCUCGACCGUCUUCUUCCCUAAAUUCGAUUUCGAUCCGCAGGUUCCUGAAUUUGAAGAAAACUUCCAGCCCUGCCAUGGCGCUGCAAAUCUGGCCGAUUUACAGAAAACGGCGACAAAUUUUCUUGGGGAUUAUUCGCUGAAUUCUCAAAUGCUUGCUUCUUCGGGUCCGAUGGUUGCAGAGACAUUCCAGCCAUUGAUGCCCUAUGAUGAUCUCGAAAUCGGAGCAGGGAACAACGCUUCAAAUAAAUCAAUAGAUUGGCCGCAUGUGGUGAAGGAGAUUAAUCCAUUAGAAGCUACGAGUUCGGGCGCCGGUGCUGCUGCGCAGUCUGGUUAUCAGUACUGGAAUCGGGCGACGAGCAGCAGCUGGCCGGAAUCCGGGUCGUCGGUUGCCCCUCUUAUCUAACUGGCAAAACCAAACAUGCUAAUUAUUUUCUCAAUUGAUCAUCAAGCUUGGCUCUAAUCUUCUUGUCCUGUUCUUAGUAUUACAUAAACUGAUCAGACCAGAUGGAUCGGAGAGAUCAUGUCGGAUGCGAAGGCCUCUCCGGCGCCUCGUGCUGUUUUUGAGUCAUUGCGGCGUUGAGAGAAAUCUAUUUGCUCCGAGAGGAACCUCGGAUCCAUUGCAUCAUCAGCUUAUUUCAUUAAAAGUUAUUGUUUUUCUCCAGCAAAAAGUAUCAGAAUUUGGAGAUCGGAAGGAAAUGAAUUUAGAUGGAGGGUGGCUUUUUUAUCUGUUUUGUAAGUUUGUUUUGUUAAUUAUAUGUACAUACCAAGCCAUAGCUAUGGUUACAUAUCUUCAUGCU